AUGGAAGGACUACCAUGUGUAGCCGAAUGCAGCGGACCCUACUCUUGCAUUGACGGACGCUGUAGAAGAAAUGAUUGUGAGCGACGUGUCUGUCAGCUAGGUGAGGCUUGCGAAGGUGGUCAAUGUCAACGAGUCGCUGGUCGCUUCUGCACAUGGGCUCCUCGG